AUGAGCGAGAAAGAUGCAGCAAGCAACAAACCCACGUCAGGUGUCGUGUCAUUCGUAACCGGCGGAUUUGGCGGCAUGUGUCUAGUAGCAACAGGUCAUCCUUUGGACCUGAUUAAGGUCAACAUGCAGACGCAGCCAAAGGCGCUGCCCGGUCAACCACCUAUGUACUCGAAUGCAGUCGAUUGCGCUCGCAAGAUGGUUGCCAAAGAUGGGUUCCGCGGCUUGUACCGCGGUAUGUCAGCACCCCUAGCGGGUGUCUCUCCUAUUUUUGCUACGUGCUUUUGGGGAUACGAUAUGGGCAAGCUUAUUGCGAUCAAGGCUUCCGGACAGUCGCCUACAGCACCACUUUCUAUGGGUCAGAUCAUGUUCGCCGGUGGAUUUUCAGCUAUUCCUGCGACUGUAGUUAUGGCUCCAGGCGAACGCAUCAAGUGUUUGCUUCAGAUUCAGGCACAAGCCAUCGAGCGAGGGGAGCCGAAGCUAUAUGACGGUAUGAUCGACUGUGCGAAGAAAUUGUAUCGCACUGGUGGAUUAUCUAGUAUCUUUCGAGGUUGGGAAGCUACUCUGCUACGCGAUAUCCCAGGCUCUGUGGGCUACUUUGGAGGAUUUGAGGCAAUCAAGCGUGGGUUAACGCCCCACGGCAAAGAUCCGAGUGAUUUGAAUGCGUUCCGUGUGUUUGUUGCAGGAGGUUUUGCUGGUAUCAUCAACUGGGUCAUUGCUAUUCCACCUGAUGUGAUUAAAUCGCGCAUUCAAACUGCUCCUGAGGGCACUUACCGCGGUAUCAUGCACUGUUUCCAAGUACUUAUGAAAGAAGAGGGACCAGGUGCGCUUUUCAACGGUGUUGGACCUGCCAUGGCACGGGCGUUUCCGGCUAAUGCUGCGUGUUUUCUCGGCGUCGAGUUUUCUAAGAAGUUCCUAAACUAUUUUGGCUUCUAUUAG